AUGUGCUUCAGCCCUCGAAUCUGCCCAUGUGUGUGGUGUCAGGAGGAAAGCUUCAGACCUUCUAUCCCUGUGUCCUCGCGGCCGAGGUAUCUCGUUUAUUGUUUCACCCAGACGCUCGCGUCGACCUUCGCCGUAAGCCUCGCUGCGCGUGAGGAAGUGCUGCGGCCGAAGGUUCUCUGGGGAAGAGGAAGCGAAGCCCAGCUACAAGCUGCAGGAGAAGGCGACGAGGCCGUGAAGCUCUGGAGCCCAGGGCCGGCGAAGCUGAAGUCCUCCUCAGCGAAGCGCGCGCUGAAGAACCUGCAGUAUGAUCCCCUGCUCGUCCUCUUCGACGACACAGUCAAGGAGGAGUUCCGAAUACUGGCCGCCCUGAAACAACAGCAAGAGCAAUCAGACACAGCCCGCGUGAGCCCGCCUGGGGCGCUUAGCGAGGCGUUUGGCCUUGCAUCUUUGCGCAGGCGCAUUUUGCAGGUGAAGCGACAGGAGCUGUUCCGAACUGCGGCGGAACUGUUGUACCUGAUGGUGGCCAGCAUGUUCAAGUACCUCGAGGUGCCACUGAUGCCUCCUCUUAUCGGCGGUGGCAUGGUCAAGCUCGACAUGAGUGGAGAGCAACUGAAGGGCUUGACGGAGAUCUACUCGAUGGAAGCGUUGGAAAUGGUGCGAGAUCACCUCUUCAAGAUUAUCGAUGUGCAGGCUCCCGAUCGGGGUGCGAAUGCUCCGGCUCUCCGAAUCUCUCUCUACCAGGCAAGCCAAGUGUACGCCAUGUCUGCGUUGUUCGGCUACUUCUUGCGGCAAGCCGACAUUCGCUAUCAGCUUGACAAGCUCGUGUCAUUGGGAUCCAAAGAUGUUCCCCCAGAAGCGAGCCAGCAUGAAGGCCGCAAGAAGCACCGGCGGCCAGUUCCACGGUGGAUGGAGCUCCAGUGGGUGCAGAGCGAGACGCAGUCGGAUGUCUCCUUGAAGGACUACAUCGAGCGCUUCGGCCCUGCAGAGCUCCGCCAGAUCAGGACCGUCGCCUCCGCAGAAGCACGGUACACGCUGGAAAUCCAGAUUGGAGCGCUUUUCGGCAAUCUUCGUGAUCUGAAGAGUCGGCUCAUGAAAGCCAUCGAGGGGGCCCGCAACGACGAAGAGGCAACAGAGUUGCUCCAGGAGGCUGUGAUGUCGGGCAAGAUCCAGUCCAUCAGCGUCAGCUACGACAGCCUGCGGCGGCUAAUCCUCGAAGCUGUGUCUUUCGGCUCGGCCCUCUUCGAUGCGGAGACCGAAGUCGCCGGUGUCUAUUCCUUGACGCCCACAGCUCGGCGGCGCCCUCAAAGCUUCGAAGACUUCGAGUGA